AUGGCCGGCUCAGUCGUCCGUCAGCUCUUCUCCCUGGCGACCCGGCGCCCGCUGACGUCGGCCGCCGCGGCGCCGCUGCUCAGCCCGACUCGACUCGCACCCGUCUUCCGCCCCGUCGCCGUCGCCGUUGCCCCCGCGCCCUCGGCAACCUUGUCGACCACGCCCGCCCGCGGCGCGACACUGAACCAGGUCCUCCGGGGCAUCCGGAAAGGCAAGCGCGCCCGUCACGCCGUGUCGCCGGCCCUGUCCAACGCCCGCUGCCCCGCCCUCAAGGGCGUGUGCCUGCGCGUGGGCGUCGUGAGGCCCAAGAAGCCCAACUCGGGCGAGAGGAAGACGGCCCGUGUGAAGCUGUCGUCGGGGGCCGUCGUGACGGCGUACAUCCCCGGCGAGGGGCACAACAUCCAGCAGCACAGUGUGGUUCUCGUGAGGGGGGGCAGGGCCCAGGAUUGUCCCGGUGUCCGCUAUCAUCUGGUGCGGGGGGCAUUGGACCUGGGCGGUGUAGCGAAUCGAACAACGAGCCGAAGCAAGUAUGGCACCAAGAAGCCCAAGAAAGCCACUGUCGGCGAACUCGAACUCGAAGCCAGCGAGGCGCGAUGGCCUAUGGCCGCCGCAUGGCCUAUUGUACACUAA